AUGGCAACGAACCGAGACCACGAUUACAACGAGAGCGCAGGUUCCGGAUCAUCUCAAACAGAAUCAGACACUAGUAGCUCUGACUGGGAAAGUGUCUUCAUCAACCCAGAUCCCUCUACAGCGCGCUAUUGCAGAAAAAGCUCUCGUGCUAUUCAGGUUGACAAUGGGACACGCAAGCGUCCUGCAGAAUCCAUUUCUAGCAGCGACUCCGACAAUGAUGUAGCCCCUAAAACUUUGCAUAAAAGAGCGAAAUAUCGAGUUGCUAAAUCUCAAAACAAUCCGACCAAGCUUCAAAAGGGGGCUAAUAUCAUGGAGAACAUCUUGAGCUCCAAUGAGUCCGAUGGGCUCGACAGCGAGGACAGCUCUGAGACUGAUCCCGAUAUUGAUACAGACGAUACGGUCUCUGAAAGUGAGGAUGAUGGCUAUGCCGACACAACCAAGGAGAAUGUAGCGGGGAUAUUUUGUCGGAAGCAGAAUAAGAAAGGCGGGAUUGGCAUCCACUCCCAGUGGGCAAAUCCAAAUAACGCUCUGAAAGCAGCUGGUAAAACUGAAUUCACACGGUUUUUGCGCUGGCGCCUAAAAGUCCGCGCGGGGGGUCCGCCGCGGAUCUUGCUGGAGUUUACUUACAAGUUCACGAAGAAAUACCUAAAAAUCACACAAGGAAAUACUUUCCUAAUUCCCGAGAUCAUAUAUGACCCAUCAUUGAUGUUAAGUCCGCAUACCUUCUUGCUAGGUAUGUUGUUCUACGACGACGCCUUCCGAGCACCUGGGAUUCGCUCCAUGGGCGAUCUGAGGCGUCUCUUCUUGGAGGGUGAUCGGCAGCAGAUGGAGAUACCACUCAAGCCUGAAAAGUCUGAGAAUUAUGUGUUCUGCAAGAUUGAAGGGAUCAAAGGCAUUAUAAAAUGCCAUCGUGAUCAACCUAUCUCGAAAAGUUCACUAUCCAGCCAAUUUCAAACGUUCGGAGAAAUCACUGGUUUCAAAUGGAGCCUAUUCACAUAUCGCUUCAGAUACGGCGGCGGCACUAUCUUGAACGAAAGUGGGCUUGUCAGUGACGCACAACAAAACUUGAUCAUGAAACAUACCGACAUUCGGACUUUCCUCAAUCACUACCUGCCACGGCGUAUUGGCACGGACAUGCAGUCUUUAAUGCGGGGCUUGGAGCCUGACUCCGCAAUUAUGCGUGCGGUCACUAGGAUGGGAAGGUGGUUAGACACGCGGAGACCUCGUGAGCUCACCGAUGAGCAGAAGGCAAGCGUCGAGGAGGAUCCGGAGCUCAAGGAAGCAAUUGAAAAACGAGAUAUAUUUUCCGAAAAGCUUCAUCGAGGCAAGAAAAAGAGUACAACUCAGCUCCAAAGGCUUGACCAGUUUAAAAGGAAGGUCACAAAUACGCGUAACAGACUAAUUUACGACCUCCGGAAGCGUGUGCGGGAAGAAUUUGAUAGCCAACAGGCUGUCAUUGACAUCGAAAGGCAACUCGCUGGAAGUGCACUCUAUGAACAAGAAACAAAAGAGAUACUUCUUACGGAAGAACAUAUGCUCCCCAAGCAAAUCUUUCUGCUGGAAAAAUUGACAACCUGGCCGACGACUCUAUCUGUGGAGGCAGAGUGGACACGUCGAAACGAGGCUGUUGAGGCUGUUCGGAUGUAUUGCGAUGUUCUCGAAGGGGGGGCCACGCCGAGGUCGACGAUAUACGAAACAAGCGAUUUCUACAAGGAAUCAUACAAGUAUGCGCAAUGA